UGCGCGGCCGGAAGUGCGUCAUCGGGCGGCGCCCACACGAUGCGUCGGAAGCCGCUGGCGGGCAGGCAGGGGGCGGCCAUGGCGUCCGGCGCGGUCGGCGUGAGCGCUGCGGCCGGGGCCGCCGACGCCACGGACAUGCCGGACAACGUGUGCGACUGGCUUCGGGGCGUCUACCGCUUCGCCACCGACAGGAACGACUUCCGGAGGAACUUGAUCCUGAAUUUGGGACUUUUCGCUGCUGGAGUUUGGCUGGCCAGGAACUUGAGCGACAUUGAUUUAAUGGCACCUCAGCCUGGGGUGUAACCCAGAGGCACAAGGAAUCCCUGUAGAACCUUCCAAAGACAGCUCUAAUCUGGCUUUCCUGAUGGCAGCUGAUGUGAUCCAGAGGGACCUUCCCAGUUUCCUCCUCUUCCCACGAGUCCACUCAGAACUCCAUCCUCUUGGCAGCAUUCAGGCUUCAGUCGCGGUGAUAUCCUGUUUUGUGAAGUUCUGUAAUGGUCCCCAAGUUUCUGGAGGGGUGCACUUUGACCUUAUGUAUGGUAUUUAAACAAUAUUUGAAAUAAAGACUACAUACAAAGGCAGCCAUUUUAUUCUUUUAAUAAGAAACAUCAGCUUACAAAAACAAGGUGUAAAAAGUCAAGAUUUACAAAAAUCAUAGAAAUGUGUUGUUUUACUCUCGAGAGACAAGAACAGCCCCAAAUGUGGAUCUUGACAGAGGUGG